UUUUUCGUACUUGAGGAAAUUCAAUUUUCAGCCGACGGUCUGGAUAAACAUGUGAUCCGGGGCUGUUCUCCUUCGGAUCGGUGGGGGAACAUGCGCCGCGUCCGCCGCCUGACGGAGCGCAGGACGCGGACACGGUGCGUCUCCGCUGCGGUCGGAUCCUCCUCCUCUCCUCCUCCUCCUCCUCUUUCCUCUGUGUCUAUUUUUUCCACCUUUGUGUUGUGAUCGGCUCUCCCAGUCUGUUUCUCACACCCACCCCGGUGCGCCCCCCUCCUCUCCAUCCCACCCUACCCCUUCCACCUCCUCCUCCUCCUCCACCCCCUCUCCUCCUUUUAGCAUCUGAAAAGACCACUGAGUGAGAAUCGAUGGCGCAGAGGCCCGCUUGACAGGACAAUAAACCACAAAGAAGGGCCUCCUCGCGCACCCUGACACGCACCCGCCGCCACGCAGAGAUGCCCCAGCAGAGGGAGGACCCCCCAGCCCCGUCCCGCCGCCCCGGCCUGGAAUCCCCCCGCCUCCAGACUCCGCUGAUGCCCGGGCACGACUUCCCAUGAGGCCACCACCAGAACUCAGCCUGACCGCUCUGUAUGGGGCCUCUCACAUAUGAAUUGACAUGGAGGAUGAAGAUGGGACUUGUCUACUUGAUGUUUUGUGUGACCCUCAAGCCCUGAACGACUUCCUUCAUGGGACCAAUGAGCUGCAGACUGAAGACCUGCUCAUUAACUCCUCCUCUGGGGAGCCCUCCCUCUUCACCGACGCCCCGAGCCCCGUCUCUCUGCUGGGGGACGGGGGCCCCUCCCCCGACACGCCUCCGCCCGGCUGCGUGGACCUGUCCUUCCUGGAGGAGGCGCUGCUGUCAUCGCCAGAGGGUGAAGAAGACCCUCAGGUGGGGUCGGGGGGGCCGCCCGCCGAGGCCGGAUGCCAGGCCAAGAAGGGCGAGGUGGAGGAGGCGGAGGAGGCGGAGGUGGCCUGUGACAUCCUCCAGCAGAGCCUGCAGGAGGCCGACAUCACAGAGCAGACCAUGGCCCUGGAGGCGGGUCUGGCCCAGAGCGGGGACAGUCUGUCCCUGUACCCCCCCGCCCCCCUCCUGGCUCCGCCCACCGUCCCCUUUGUCCCCAAGUCCGUGACCCUGCCUGUGACCUCGGCGCUGCCCAGAGACACCCAGGCGGCGGUGGAACCUCCGCAGCCGUCCCUCCUGGCCGUUGGACCUGGGUGCCCGUCUCUGAAACCUGCUGCGCCCCCCCAGCUGAUGGGGCUCCUGCCUGGGAAUGUGUUUCCUGCUCCUCCUCCAGAGACCUCCUUCUCUCUGAGCCCUGCCAAUGGCUCCAGUAUGAUCAUCCACAAGGCGGUGCACGGGGUCCCCAGCCGGCCCCUCAUCACCCAGACUCUGAGAGCGGCGGCAACGGCGGCACCCGGCAUCGUCCUACAGCGAGCCCCCCUCCCCAUCCAACCCAAACUGCCCAUCAGCAUCCAGCCCAGACUGGUUCAGAUCAGUCCCAAACCCACCGGACAGAAACCCACUCCAGGUCUCACAUUUGUCUCUGGGACAGCCACGCCAAAUAUUCUACUGUCCCAACCCCCAGGCCAAAAGCCUUCAGCCCCCCCUCCGCAGACCCCCCAGCAGCUUCCCAAACCGGUCAGUUUACAGCUGGUCAACCAGGGCGGCUCCUUUGUGCUCCAGCCUCAGAGCCUCUUCCACGGCCAGAACCAGUUCCUUCUUCCAGGCCAGUCCCCGGUCACCAUCUCCCAGCCCGCCAGCGCCCCUCGGCCUCUGCUGACCCCCACCCACCAGGGUCCAUCGGUCCACGGCGUGACUCCGCCCACGGGGCAGCUCGUAGAUGGGUCUCAGAUCCUCACGGUUCCUCAGAGGCAACUGAACUUCAGCCCGGUCUUCACCACGCCCACGGGGCAGCUGGCACUCCGCCAAGCCACAGUGCUUUCGGGGCCCCUGCAGCUCCAGUCCGCUCCUCCGACCGUCUUCCAGAUGCCGGCGCAGCUGGCUGGAACCUACGCCCCUGGGGGGCAGGGCCCGCGGGCCACGCUGGUCCACAGCUCCGCUAUUGGAAACCACAUCACCCUGAUCAACAGUUCAGGGGUGCUUCCACCAGAUCUCACUUCCAUCUCAAUCGUCAACGGGCCCUCUGUGGUCCAGGGGCUUCCCUUCGCCCCUCAGGGCCAGGCCCAGGCCCAGGCCCAGGCCCAGGCCCAGGCUCAGGCCCCGGCUCAGGCUCCCCAGGCAGCUGUGACCGAGGGCCAGCUGGGCCUCCAGCCAGCCUCGGUGGUGCUGCUGCCAGAGAGGACGGUCCCAGAGGAAAGGAGCAGCUCCGAGGAGGCCUUUCAUCAAAUACCACAGACCUAUGGACCAGUUCUCCAGCACAUAUCGGUGCAGCCCUCCCCUCCCCCUGUGGUGGCGGUCCUGCAGCCCCCCCCGGACCCCCCUGUGGCCCCGGAUCCGGCCGUGGAGAUGCCUAAACUGUUGAUGCCUCCGGCGGACAUAAGCCAGGUGGUGGAGGAGGUGACGCAGUCCAUGGGUCAGAACCAGGCCUUUAUGCAACACCUGCAGCAGCAGACCCUUCCCUCCCCCAUCUCCUCAGAGCUGUUGGCCGGAGCUCUGCCAGUGGUUUCCAUGGAGACCCUGUCCUCCCCGGUGACCGGUGACAAAGAGUCCAAACCUCAGACCCAUGUGGUCUCGGGUCCGGAUGGCCAGUCUCUGAUCUCAGACCAGUGUGUGGAGGCGUCGCCGCUGCCCUCCGACCCCGAGGACACGCCUCUGCUCUGCCCCUCCCCUUCCCUCCAGGACUCCUCGCCGACCGGGACCCAGAUCCCCCCCUCUGGACCUGAGAGCUCCACCCCCCCACUCCACAUCGAGCCCCAGACCCAGUACCAGGUCCCUCAUCAGCUCCAGGUCUCACAGUCCCUCUUCGCCCCGCCCCCGUCGUCCGGUUCCCAACCUCCGGCCCUGGUCCAGGUGUCAGCCCCCCAGGCUCAGACCCAGGUCCAGCCGCCGGUCCGCAGUAGCCCCUCCCCCCUGUCUGUCAGCGUCUCGGUGCCUCAGCAGCAGACUGAUCCCAGAUCUGCCUGCACGAGUCUGGUCUCCAUGGGAGGAGACGACUCCGCUGUCCAACAGCACACACAACACAAGCCAACAGCUGCCUUGGCCGUGGAGAGUAAAGCGUUUACUCUCGAUGUCCGUCCAUCCUCUCCUGCCGUCCGCAGCGUCCCGCUCCCCAGGGAACGGGUCCCGGUCCCGGUCCCGGUCCCGGUCUCGGUCUCGACGAUCCAGCAGCCAGACUCCAAGAUGGUUAUUGGUCUGGAUCAGCAGAGGGAGGAGAGGAUCACACCAGCAAUGCGCAGACACAGGUUCCAGCAGCAGAUCUGUCUGGACCACGGCGCCGUCCAGAGGCCGUCCACCGGUCCGUCCUUUUCCACGUUGGAGGACGCCGUGCGACGCCUGCUGCCGUACCACACCUGCGCCGGUCACCUGCCCACUCAGGAUGACUUCAAUUUAGUGGACCAGGAGUUUGACACCGUGUCCGGUUUCCUGUUGAAACGAACCAAGGACAUGGUCAACAAAUACAGGCAGCUACUGGUUAGAGAAGCCCAGCAGGAGAGUCCAUCGGCGGAGAUGGUGAUGCUGGAGCGGCUCUUCCUUCAGGCCGAACGCUACACGUUAGCGGAGGAUCGACGGCGAGCUCGCAGAGACCCAGAGUCCUUCAUGAUGGCCUUGGCUUCUUCAGCGUCUUCCCCUCGUGAUGCUCCGCCCUCUGGCUCCGCCCACCUCUUCUCCUCCAGCAGCCCCUCCUCCCCUCCGGCCUGGACCCGCCUGUCUGACCGGCCUCCGGGCCUUAAGACCUACCGCUCCAGCUCCCGCGGGGCCCUCAGACUCACCAUCAAGCAGGAGUCCGGCUCCCGUAAGGUGGUCCACAACUCCGCCUGCGACCCAGGACUCAAAAGGGACCACACGGGUCAGCUGACCAACGGGAACGAACGCCACACCUCCUCCUCCUCCUCUCAGGCCCCCAACGGAGCGCUGUUGCAAGAGAUCUCCAACGGGUCCCUGGGCGCCGACGAGGCCCCGCAGACUAAUUACAAAACUAAAACCCCCAACCCCAUCCUGUCCACGCCAGACCCACAGGCCGCCUGCUUCGAGCUGCCCCCCAGAGAUGUCACCGCCCCCAAACUGAAAUGCUAUCGCCUGGAUGCGUCGCCGCCGCCGCCUCAGCCGGAGCAGCGGUUCAGCCCGCCGCCGCCGCUGCUGCAGGAGGACAACAUGCUCAGCGAACACCUGCAGAGCGCCAUCGACAGCAUCCUGGAGCUCCAGCGCCUGCAGGGGCCCUCGGCGGCCCCCGGCAGGGCCACGGCGCCAGGCCCCGCCCUGGACCAGGCGGUCACCAGCAUCCUGGAGGGACACCUGUGACGGAACCUGGACCUUCUGUCGGAGAACAAAGAGGAACCCGAGGCAGGAGCGUCGGACGCGUUCUCCUCUGAGAAUCCGGGUUCUUCAGAGAUUCAUUUAAGGAACCGAUUGUUUUUGAAGAGAAAAGGAGGAAGAGGAGGAAAUAAAGAGGCACUAUACAGAGAUGCAUACCAGACAACAGCACUAUAAUAGUCCCAUAGAUGUUAGAUACUUCAUUUUCGAUGUACGUUUGUGGAAAAAAAAAAUCUAUUUGAAUAGGAGCUCUAUUGUUUCAGUGGUAGUUGAGUCAUUCAGAGGUUUACGACACUGGUGUGACCUUCAUCAGCAUAUAGUAUAUAAGUAAUAGUGAGGACAACGAAACGUGGACUAGACUGAGAUUAUUCAAUAGUUUUUUAUAAGAUUUCUUUCCAAAUGUGAACCUUUUCUUUUUUGCAUAGUGCCAAGCUUCCAGGGUAUUUAUUUUGAUAAUCUGUGCCAAUUGUGUUUCCAGAUGAGUUGCGUUGAUUCCGAGCGGCUGAAUGAUGAUGAUGAUGAAGAUGAUGAUGGUGUGUGUGUGUGUGUGUGUGUGUGUGUUUGAGUGUGUGUGUGUUGCCUUUGUGUGAAUGUUAACGGAGAGCGAGUCCAGUGCUUAUCGUCAAAUACAGCAUCGCCUCCUCCAUCGUCACGGCUUCAAACGAAUGAAAACUCCAAAGAAUUUGUGACUUGCUACGUCCUGAAAACACCAGCAAACGUCCAUGUUUGUGUUUCUUGGAAAAAAAACAACCGGAGUCCGUCCACGUUAAGAGAGAAAGAACCCGACAGGGCGAGAAAAAAAAAAAACAUUGGUAGAAUCGUGAUUUUUUUUAUUUUUUUUUUGUCUGUGAGAUAUUUCUGUCAAAAAAAAAAAUGGUUUCGCAUAAUGUAUGUGUUAACGUGCAAGCAAUAAUGGGCGGGGCAGAGCGGCGGCAGUGGCAGCAGUGAGGGGGCGGGGCCAUUCGUUGUUUGGUUUAACUUUUCACCGUCGCUGCUUAAAAAUCUACAAAUCUGCAGUUUUUUUCAGGAAUGAGAUGCUUAUUUUUCUGUCGGAGCCCGUUUUAUUUCAGAGACAGUUUUUCUUUUUUCAAGGGCUCGAAAGACGUGAAACUGACCACGAAAUGUCCAGAAAAAAAAACGCCCAAAGUUUUGUUUCCAGACGCGUUCGAUCGUCCAGAACCUGAGCCUCUGCAUCGAAGAGCCUUUGACCAAAAACUGGAGGAAUCAUCUGCUUCAUCUCAACUUUCAGAGCUCGUCUUUAUUUAUUUAUUUAUUAUCAUUAUUAUUAUUAUUAUUAUUAUUAUUAUUAAUGAAUCUGUUGCUGACUUUGCGAAGCCGAAGAUUUACUCUCACGAGCAAUAGGAUUUCUGCGACAUCUUCCGUUAGCGUGACAAUCUUUUGGUUUGUGUGAAAAUGUGAAAAAAACAAACGCAGAUCUUGCUCGUAAAACGUGCAAAACAUUCAUUGUGGGUUUUUUUUUUCGUUUUUUUACCUUGAAGGUCAUAAUGUAAAAGCUGCAAACGAGUAGAAAUUAGA